AUGUCUGCUGAAAAUGAGGAUCAGAUGGCAGUCCUGCUCAAGCAGUUCUUGAGAAGCAUCGACGAGCGACUCUCUGGUGCUCCCUCGCCUCAAAGCGCUGAUGAGAUCCUCCUUCACCUGGAGGAAACUGACAAGAACUUUCACAACUAUGAGUUGGUCAAGUACCUACGUCAGCGCUUGGAAUCCAACGUUGGGUGCGUGGUGGAUGAUGAGCUCAGGAAGUUGACCUGCGAGGAUGGAAAACACGCUGUCGGCUCAGGCCACGACACCCUCGUCCACGCUGUAACUGGCCACAUUUGUGCAACGGCGCAGUACCUAGAGAUGACGCACAAUUUAAGGACCACCGUGACAGCGGCGGUGGAGUCUUUAGUGGGCAGAUUUGACGAGGUCCAUUUUAGGAAGGAGGAGAUGCAACACGGCCGCUACGCCGAUGACUGCUGUGACAGCGACUCCUCCUUCAACCAGAGUUACGCCUUCAUUCGACAGGAGCAGUUGCAGGUUUUAGCUGAAAAACUGGAUGCAAGUCAACCUAAAGAGGUGCGCAGAGAAGCCCUGCUGGCGCUCCGCCACGCGCCUCCGUCCGACGUGCUUAGCUGUGAAAGUUGGACCCGCCUUCGUCAAAACAUGGCCGCCGCUCUGAUUGAACCCGACGGCGAGCUCAGUGACCACGUUCUUCAGUUUUUCGCCAAGAGCUUCUCCUUGUCCCCGUUGAACGUCACCCGGGAAAUCUACACAAGCCUCGCUAAAAGCGUGGAAUCCAGUUUCCUGUCCCUAAACCUGAGCUUUCCAAGUGGUGCUGCUAGCUUGGACGUCAACAGUCCUGAGAUAAGCUCUCUCCUCAAACAGAUGCGUCUGAUGAAUGACUUUCAAAAGGAAGUGACUACCUUCUGGAUCCGCCACCCAGAAAAAUACAUGGAAGAAAUCAUCGAAAGCACCUUCUCCCUCCUGUCUGCCCGUCGCAACUCAACUGAGAAAGCCUUGGAGCCCACUCACCUGCUAGCGCUGCUGGACGUUCAAGCUAGCUGGUUCACAAAAUGGAUGCAUGGCUCCUAUAGCAGAAUGGUGGUUCUCAGGCUCCUUGAGAAGAAAUACAAGAGUCUGUUGGAGGCCGUAUUACAGGAGUGCAUCCUUUACCGGGAAUGUGCCCAGCGUUCUGCUCGUUUCCACUCUGAGGAGCAGCAGAGCUCAAGUGAUGGCGUAGGCAGCGUUUAUAGCGGGAAAGAGUUGCAGUACGCCGUGGUGGUGCAUUCGCUCUGCGUUUUGGGGAAGGUCCUUCUCUACGCCAAUGGCAGGAAACUCUUUCCCAUCAAAGUGGAAGCACGGGAAGAUCCAAUCAGUCUGACGGACCUGGUGGUGAUUCUCAUAGACAUCAUGUGUCAACACCCCCAGCCUUUUUGCAGCGAUAGCCUGCACACAGAAGCGCUGUGCCCAAGCGGCCUAGUGAUGGCGACGCUGUGUGCCAUGUGUGAGAGGACUGAGUGCGCCGAUCAGUGUCUCCACCAGACGCCCGUUAUCCAGACUCUUAUGGCGCCCGUCAUCCAGGCACUCAGUGAACGUCAGACGGAAUUAAAGCAUCCUGCAGCCACACUGCCCUUGGUGGCGGAAGUCCUGGCUCGAAUGGUGAACACUGAUAGAGGGUUGGCUCUAUUUCUGUAUGAGGAGAACCUACUUUUAGGUCAAAAUGAGAGAUCCACGGCCGCUCACGUGCUGCUUCGGUUCACCCUGAGGCUUCUGAAUCGCCAGCUCUCGGCAACCGGUGAUGGUGACGACUCUUCUCGUGCUUUGUGUGGGGCCUUCAUCUUUUUGUGCAGCCAGAUGUGCAAUACCUGCGAGGGCCUGCAGGUUCUGCGAGGGUACGGCUUGCAAAAGGCGGUCGCCACCGUCUGGAAAAAGACCAGUUCAUUUUCUGAAAGGAUUCCAACACCAGUACCUGAAAACAACCCUGCAACGUCUCCACAGGAAUUGCAACACAUGCUAAUGUGGGAGGAAACGUUGCUGGACUGCCUUCUGAACUUUGUGGCCACCCCUAAGGGAGUUCUGCUACUACAGCAGACAGAAACCAUGCAAGAGUGCAUCUCACACAUGUUCUCUCGCUUUAGCAAAAAAAUGCAGGUGAGCCGUUGCGAGAAGUUCGGUUAUGGCGUCAUGGUGACGCAGCUGGCGGCGACGGCGCCGGGCGCCGCGGCUUUGCAUCGCUCCGGCUUUAUCCGGGCCCUGAUUGUGGAGCUGUGGUCGGCGUUGGAGUGCGGCAGCGAGGAUGCUAGGGCGGUCCGACCCAAACCUACAGCUACAGAACCCAUAGACAGGAAUUGUCUCAAGUCCUUCCUGUCCCUGGUCAACUUGCUCUCGUCUCCACUAUCCAUGUGGCAGCUCGUGGCUGGUCAAUCUUUGGCCAACAAACGUAAAUACACACUGAGAGAAGUGCCAAGCUUUGUGCCGGAUUUGAUCGACAGGCUGAUUGCUGUAAAUUCCACCAGCAAGAUCCACUCCCUCUUCCACUAUGAACAGUCGCACACGUUCGGUCUCAGACUGCUCAGCGUGCUGUGUUCCAGUCUGGACUCCCUCCUGCUGCUUGAGAGCCAAUACAGCAUCUGUUCCAUGCUGCUUCAAAGCCAGAGGGACAAUGUGGCCUACCGGGAUGCCGGCGACGGAAGCUUCAUCAUUGACAGCUUGUCUGUGGAGAGGAAUCACGUGCUGGUUCGCAUGGCGGUGAUCGGAGGCCCGUCAGAGAGGAAACUCCCCCCGCGAACCUUGCAACAGGGAGAUGAUCCUUACCCCUGGCCUAUGUUUUGGUCCCUCCCUCCACCCGCCUGCUAUAAUUUGAACCCACCAAGAGCCAAACAGAACCUGCUAGAACCUGAGAUGAUUCACUUCCUGACGUCAUCUCAUACCACAAUGACAGGAGACAGUUGGUACGAAAAUUGCAGGCAACUUUACCGUCAAGUUAUGACGGACGGGCACCACGGCCUGAAGGUUACAGUGUUGGCUGACCUUCUGGAGAAGGUUGUGCUUCAUCUGUCCAAAUACUCCACGGAGCGCUUCUUCUCUCCGCCCGACUACAACAAAGCCGAGGAGAUGAGUGUGGACGGCGUGGAGUUGUCACCUGUGGAAAUCCUUGGCAUGGAUGUUUGUCUCAGGUACGGCGUCUCCCUCGAACUCUUCCGACGAGACGAUGCGUCGGGCAACCUGACGCUCCUCAUGAAGCACGUCAAGAAUUUCCUGUCUCGGCGGAGGGUUUCAAGAUCCUGGCAACUUGUCAUGGGUCAAGAUGAAUAUCCAGGCCACGAUUGGUUGACAUCGACCGUUUUCUUGAUGAUGUCCGGUGAUUGGCAGCGAUCUCUGAGGGUUCUGAACAAUUUGUCCUCUCUACUCACUUCUGCCUUCAUCUGGCCGGCCAGUAUACAUGCCUCCGUGGACAUUCCAUUGCGAGUGGCCGAGUCUGGAAUGCCUCCACUGUACUGGAGCUCGGCUCACUACGUGGAGAUGUUGCUGAAGGACGAACUCCAACUAGUGCACGCCGCGUUCAAGAUGUCCGGUUUCACCCCUUCACAGAUGUGCAUCCACUGGUUGACUCAGUGCUUCUGGAACUUUCUAGACUGGCCUGAGAUCUGCCACUACGUGUGCAUGUGUGCGCUAAUGGGAGCCGACUACCAGGUGUACGCCUGCUUGGCCGUCUUCAAGCAUUUGCAGCCACGAUUACUGGAGCAAACACAAGCGAGACAGAUGCAGAUUUUCCUCAAGGAGGAACCCAUCCAGGAUUUUCACUUCUGCGACUAUCUGGACUUCAUGGAGCUCCUGGAACGACGCUACCGGAGCCUUGUACUCAGUGACAUGAAAAGCAUCCGCGACCCUAUUUAG